AUGAAUCAGUCUACCAGUGUACCGUUUAGUAUGCAAUCAGGAUUUGCUGGUAAUCAUGUGAAUCGUACUGGUCAAGAAGUAUUCAAUAAUGAUUGUGAUGAAGUUAACAGUUCAAUUGAUUCAUUUCAAAAUGAAACACCAAAAAAUGUGCAACAACAUGAUGAUAAGGUUUAUAUUCAGAAAUCUAUGGAUUAUGAUCUAAACGAUACGGGUGGUGUAGAUUCGAAAAUGCUACAAACUGAUCAACAUUCAUCAUUGUUUAUGCAAUCCUCGGAAUCAGAUAUCGAACUACAUAAUCUAGAAGAAUUAUUAGCUGAAACAUCGAUUUGUGAUUUUUAUUUAGGACCUGUUAAAAACAAUCAUGGUAAAAUGAUUCCUCUGGAUGUUAAACGUCGUACAAUUGGCACCAACAGUUUAGUAUCAAUGCCAUACUCAUCAACACCAGCUUUUUCUCCUGGUAUACAAGUUAUAACGGAAAUGUGGACUGUAUUUCUACGAGAUCGUUUGAGUCAUUGUAAUGUCCGUAUACACAAUAUGUCUUUAGAUAAUCUACGCACUUGUCUGCAUGAUCAUAGUUUAAAUCAGUUGGGAAAUGCUACUGUAUUAAAACGUCGUUUACAAGAGUUUGUACGGCGGGCACGCGUAGCACAAUCCAUUGAUCACAAUACUGAAAUUCAAAUCAAUGAUGAUGACGUAGAUAAUAAUGAGAACAGUGGUUGUGGCUAUGGUUGUCAUAGUAGUAGUGUUCUUGGCGAGGUAAACUUAAACUCUCAAAUAAUUAACAAUGGUGAGAAUGAUAUACACAAUCUAAAAAAAUUACCGGUUACAAUGAUAACGAAAUUACAAAAACCAGUCAUAUUGACACCUGAUACAUUCUAUGACUACUUAUUAAUUAUUGACCUGGAAGCUACUUGUGAGUCAAAAGAGAAGAUUAUCACUGACGUCGAUUAUCCACAUGAGAUUAUUGAAUUUCCCAUAUUAUUAUAUAAUACAAGGUUACGCAAGUGUGUCAGUGUGUUUCAUGCUUAUUGUAAGCCUAAAUUACAUCCAGACCUUAGUGAAUUUUGCAUGGAUCUAACACAAAUCCAACAAACUCAAGUAGAUGCUGCCCAACCGUUCCCUUAUGUCUUAUUACAAAUUGAAGAAUGGCUGUUCAAAAGACACAAACUGACCAACAAGAGAUGUGCUAUUGUCUGUGAUUGUAAUGCGGACAUGAGUAAAUUUAUGCGUAUUCAGUGUCGUUUAACUAAUAUAUCUAUGCCUAGUUGGGCAAGUGUAUGGAUAAACUUGACAAAAUCAUUUCGUGCCUUCUAUCAGUUUCCAUCACGUUAUCGUAUAACAUUAAAAGUAAUGUUACGUGAUCUGGGUUUGUCUUUUGUUGGUCAACGACAUCGUGGGUUAGAUGAUGCUGUUAAUAUUCUACGUAUUGUACGUAUAUUAUUAUCUGAUGGUUGUUUGCUACGUGUCAAUGAACGUAUUGAUUUUAAUAAACCUCCUUCUUUCGUUUCUUCUGUACCAAGGCAUGUAGCACAGGUCACAUCAGGUUUGAUGGGAAGCAAACUGAUUUUACAGUCACCAUCUCCACGAAAAAGCAAAUCAAAUGGGAAUAGCUGUCACGCUCGUACUGCUGAAAAUAAACAAGUAGAUUUAAGUGAUCUUGACGACAACAAUCGAGAAUCGUUACUAUGGUUAGCCAAUAUCCAAAAAACUAGGAUACAUAGAGAUAAUUAA